AUGAAACUUAGUAUCUUUGACAAGGAUAGUGAAAGGUUUAUUUUAAGACGUAUGGAAGAGCUGAAAUAUCAAAGCAAGCGUUGUUAUGCGAUUAUUGCUAAGGAACUUUCUAAAGAAAUUCCCAGAAAGAAACCCUACACUUCCAAACAAAUUCAGCAUCAUUGGGAAAAUAGUCUCAAACCAAAUCUUUGUAAAGUUCCUUUAAGUAAUGACGAGAAAGAUUUUAUCGUUAAAUGGGCUGAAGAAAAUCAAAGACAAGACGGUGUCAUCUCCUUGACAAAAUUAAUUCCUGUAAUAAAAAAACAAUUUGGUAACUUACGCUCUGAAAACCAAAUCAAGAAUUUUUGGUACCCAAGAAAGAGACAACUAGAUGAAACAGAACGAAUAAAAAGAAUAAAACAACAGAAUUCAAUCCCACCUGCGGUUUUAGAACCCGAACCUGAUCCUCCACAAUUUAAUUUUCCGAAUAUCUUUUGA